ACUUCUCCCUUCGCCCAUAAAAAACCCCAAGGCUCUCUAAUUAACACCCAAGCUUAUAACAAAAAACAACCCAUCAAACUUUACAACCAUCAUCUCUAAUGGCUAUUUCAAUUUCGACAACAGGGUUUAAGGGAGGUUUAGGAAGUUGCUUCCAUUCAGUAGCUGGCGAAGAAUAUGGCAUGUUGGCUAAGUCAGUUCCAAAGCAUGUUGGAGCUGGAAAGGGUGUUAGAGCACAGCCAAUGAUGAAGAACGUUAACGAAGGGAAAGGGUUGUUUGCUCCAGUUGUGGUGGUGACUCGCCAAAUCGUUGGGAAGAAAAGGUUCAGUCAGCUUAGAGGAAAAGCAAUUGCUUUGCACUCUCAGGUCAUCAAUGAAUUCUGCAAAUCGAUAGGGGCUGAUACGAAACAGAAGCAAGGAUUGAUUCGACUGGCCAAGAAGAAUGGGGAAAGGCUUGGAUUCCUUGCAUGAAUUGGUGACGAUCAAAUUUGUUCUUCUUCCAAAUAUUUCUUUUCUUCUUUUUAUGUAAACUGUAAACCCUUCACUGUACUUGAAAUAAUACAUACCUUGAACGCA